CAUCAAGAAGAACGACAAAAGCCUCAACUACUAAUGGAGGGACAGAAUAUUCAUGGUGGAAAUUUGAACAAUGGAGAUGACAUGUUUGUGAAGGUGAUGACCGAUGAGCAGAUGGAAAUCCUCGGGAAGCAAAUUGCUGCUUAUGCAACCAUCUGCGAGCAACUAGAAGAUUUGCAUAGAGCCCUCAUCUCGCAGAAUGAUCCUUCGCAUUUCAUGCUGAGAAAUCCGUAUCUUACCCCGUUGAUGACAACUUCUUCCCUCCAUAGGAUUCCUCGAAGACAGCGUUGGAAUCCAACUGCUCAGCAGCUUCAGAUUCUUGAACGUGUUUUUGAUCAAGGCAAUGAGACUCCAUCAAAGGAGAAGGUUAAAGAUAUCACUGCUGAAUUGGCAAAACAUGGCCAAAUUUCUGAAUCAAAUGUCUACAAUUGGUUCCAAAAUCGUCGCGCUCGAAUGAAAAAGAAGCAAGUUGUGGUUGAGAACAAAAAGACUGAACCAGAAACGCAGAUGGUCACUGAAUCAUCACUGGAGGAGGGAGAAAAGUUGAAGCCAUCGGAGCCCAUGAUCGAAGGCCAAAAUUACUGUGUUCAGAAGGUAAGUGCUGGGAACUCAAUAUUUUCCUUUGAUGAACAAGGGAUGGAAAUGCAGCAGCCCUUGUUUGCCAUAGAGGGCUUCCAUCGAGGCAUGUCACCAGACAAAGCGAAAAUACAUUACUUACUUGAAGAUAUGGAUGUGAAUCCACCAGGGUGCUAUGACCCUUAUAUUCAUGCAGAAUAGUAUAGUA